AUGGCUGCAGAGUAUAAGCAAGUUCUAUAUGAAAUUCAACGGCAGGGUGGAAAUAAAAACUGUGUCGAUUGCGGUGCGCCAAAUCCUCAAUGGGCUUCGGUCUCUUUUGGGAUUUUCAUUUGUCUAGAAUGUUCGGGGGUUCAUAGAUCUUUUGGUGUUCAUGUCAGUUUCGUUCGAUCCAUCACCAUGGACAAAUGGUUUGACGAUCAAAUAAAAAAGAUGAAGCUAGGUGGGAACACCGAAUGGCGUGAUUUCUACGAAUCAUCUCCUGAAUAUUCUCCAAACAUGACCCUAAAAGAAAAAUAUCACAGCAGUUUCGCAACGCAAUACCGCGAAAAGUUAACAGCUAAAUGUGAGGGAAAAAAGUGGACACCUUCGUUGACCUCAACUAGCAGAUCAGCAACACCCAAUCACAUUAAUAGUAACAGUGCUGGUGGUGGCCUUUCUAGCACCAAGCUACAAAACGAAGUAUAUUUCGAGAGUCUAGGAAGAACAAACGACGAUCGACCAGAUUAUUUGCCGCCCAGUCAAGGGGGAAAAUACACUGGCUUCGGUAAUCCUGCAUUUGCCAAUCAAAACACCGACAAUAGUUCUAGCGCGGUACCCGAUCUCGAUGAAUUAAUUAAUGAUCCGGUAAGUGCACUCACAAAAGGGCUGAAUUUUCUCGGCUAUCAGGUGGUUGAGGGUGCAAAAUUGGCGGCACAAGGAGCGGAAACUUUGGGGCAGACUGUUAAUGAACGGGUGAUUAGACCGACUGCCGACAAAGUUAGGGAUCCGGAAUUUUCAUCACAGGUUGUUGGAUAUGUUGCGGGAAUAGGUAAAACGGUGACGGAUACUGCUUCACGUGGAAUAACAACUCUUUCAAGCAAUCUUGCUGCCGCUUCGCAAACUACCGCUUCUUAUGCACGUUCUAACUACGCUACAAUCUCUGAUAAUAACUCAUCGCAACGAAUAUAUGAUAACAAUGAUAGUGAAUUCUUUGCCGACACAAUCAAUCAAUAUCAACAAAACAAUAAUAAUUAUAGUUAUUCUGAUGGUGGGUAUAAUGAUGGUGGUAGUGGUCGUAGCGAACCCCCUUCAUUUCGUAAUAAUACACCACGAACAUCGUCCCCGAAAAUCACAAGUUCCGGGACUACGACGCGGAGGAGGGAAGGUAAAUCUGAGAGCAAAAAAGAAGAUGGAUGGGAGAAUGAUUGGAAUAAAUGGUGA